CCUUUCCACCCUUUAUAAACCACUCACCCUUCUUACUCUUUCUAUUUUCACUUCAACCAUUUUCCCACCACAAACUAUGAACCCAAGACAACAAAGUCAUCCUCAACUUGUACCAGAGGCACCAAUUGGCUUCUCCACCACUCUCUUGCGUUCUCCUGAAGCAUUCCCAUCAUGCUCUUUUCCUCGUUACACUUCAGCUUCUCUUCCACCACCUGACAUUGCUCUUUCUGCCUCUCUCCCUUCCUCUUCCUCUCAACCACAGUCUUCCACUCCUUCUCCUUCUUCCAAGUUCCCUUCAUCAACAUCAGAGUUUGAGAAGGUAAUUACUUUGCCGCAUCCCCUUGAAUCUUUACAAGGGAAUCCGGUCCCGGCAUUCUUAUCCAAGACUUUCGACCUCGUUGACGAUCCAUCAUUGGAUCCGAUCAUAUCAUGGUCCUCCGCUGGUGUUAGUUUCGUGGUGUGGGAUCCUACCCUGUUUGCAAUACAUGUCUUGCCCAGGAAUUUCAAGCAUAACAAUUUCUCCAGUUUUGUUCGCCAGUUAAAUACUUAUGGAUUCCGCAAGAUUGACUCUGAUAAGUGGGAGUUUUAUAAUGAAGCUUUUCAGCGAGGGAAGAGAUAUCUUCUGAAGAACAUCCAAAGGCGCAGGAAUCCUCAUCCCCAUCAAGUUGGUAGGCAUAUCGUGCAUUGGUCUGAUGCAGGUAAGGCUGGGCUUGAAUUUGAUAUAGAAAGACUAGGGAAGGAGAGGAGUGUGUUAAUGCAAGAGGUAGUUGAGUUGAGGCAACAGCAGAGAACAACACUUCACCGUGCUAGACAAGUGAAUCAGAGGCUCCAAUCUGCAGAGGUGAUACACAAACAGAUGCUUUCUUUCCUGGCAAGGUUACUUGAAAACCCUGCGUUGUUAACAUGCCUUCAGCAUGAGAAAGAACAAAGAGAUGUAGAAUCUCCUAAAGUGAGAAGGAGGUUUGUCAAGCAGCACCAAGAACGAACAGGAAUAUCAGAUUUUUUGAAGGAAGGACAGAUUGUAAGUUACCAACCUGAUUGGAGAAAUGUAACCAUCUCUUCCAAAAUACCAGAAAUGUGUCCAACUUCCCUUGGAGGGUGUUCAAAUUAUCUUUCACAUGAUUUGGCAAAAGAAUUGAGUGAAGGUGCUGAGAAUCUGGUGUCAGAUGGAUUGGCCCCCUUGCACGAGGUUAUGCCAACUUCUGACACCAUUGGGUUAAAGUCAUCAAGCUUUGGACUUGAAGAUACCCUUUUGAAAGGGAAAACUGUCAUGAGCUCAAAUCAAGAAGAUCUUCUUGCAGAGGAGAUUGUUUCUUUCCCAGAGGAUUUGACUAAUGAGGCUGGAUUUCCAGAGUUUUCACCUCUAGUUGAAACAGAAAGCAUUAUCAAGCCAGAAGAUAAAUGGAACACCAGCUUUCAUUUCAGUGGCGCUCCCCCAGCUACCAACCAUGAAGGACAAGAAUUUAGAUUCAUUAGUGGUAUGUCAGACAUCUGGGAUACUUGUUCACUGUGGGCAACACAGAGUUUCCGAACUGAUGAUCCAGCACUGGAUGAAUGAGAAAGUCUUGCUGAUCAGUGAUCAUUCAGAAAACAUAAUAGAAAUAAGAAUGUGGAUCCAUUGCACUUGAUUUGUUUCUGCACAUAUUGUGCUAUGUUCAAUUCCCGGAAGUCCAAUUAUUGUAUAAUUUGAUUUGUAUGUGGUGUUCAUUCACCAAUCAACUGUCACCAAAUUUCACAAAGUAAGUUAGACAUGAUAUGUUAGCAUAAACACUUCACAUUGACGAGAUAGUGUAUGACAAAUUGACAGU